AUGGCAGAUGUGAAGUCAUUGCUUAAAGAAGCACGAAAACUUAUAGAUGAAAAAAGUUACAAAGAUGCUCAAGAGUGCUGUAAAAAUAUUCUUCGAAAAGACAAGCAAAAUUAUCUAGCGCUUGUGCUUCUAGGUAAGGCAUUGCAAGAUUCAGAUCAAGCUCCAUUAGCUUAUCAAAAAGCUAUUGCCACUAAACCCGAUCUUCCAUUGGCUUGGCAAGGGUUAGCAAGUUACUAUGAAAGAAAAGAUGAUAAUGAGUCCCAAAAUAAAUUAAUUCAUAUUUAUUAUGAAGUUUUAAAACUUUCUAAUGAAGAAGAGAAAUCACUUGAAAUCAUUACUAAACUUGGAAAAUUAGGAUGUUCUUUGAAGAGUAGGGAUGCUAUAUCAGUAUUGGUGAACUAUAUUAGCUCUAAACCAGAUGCAAAAAUAAAGGAAGUAGCAGUGGGCCAACUGCUUAGUAUCUUAAAAAAUGAUGUCCAAUGCAAAGAGGAAGACAUCUUAGGCCUAUUGGAUAUUAUUAGCAACAGUUUGACAAGUGAUUCAAAUGACAACCAAAUUAUUCAUGCUAAAAUAAUUUUGCAAAAACCAGACUUUGUUGCAGCUCUUAAUGAUGUGAUAAACCUAAUUUUUUUUCCCACUAAUGUCACACUUAGAGAGUGGUUCUGUAAGAAAUUGUGUGAAUUUUAUAUUCAGGAAAGCUCAUUUAUGGGUUUUGAUAUAGAAGGUAAGCUUGAUAUAAUAAUACAGGGUAUUGGAAAUUGUAAAUAUCCAGAAAUAUUAAAAAGUAUGAUAUUAUUUGACAAGGGACUUUACGUUGAAGCAUAUAAAAAAUGUAUCCCUUUAGUAAAUUAUCAGGAAGCUGAUAAAAUUGAAGCUACACUCAUAAUUAGAUGUGCCAUGAUACUUAAGAAAUGGUCAGUUGCCCAAAAACUUGCAACAAAUUUUUUAAUUAAAGUAACAGACCCUGAAUUAAAAUCUACAUUGAAAAAGUUGUUGUUCCAAUCACUCUAUCAGCAACAAAAAUGGCAACAAGCAAUUAACGUUGUAAAAGAGAUCCCCAUUGACACUUUAGAUGACGAUGAACAAGCUGCUAUGGCCAAAUGUUGUAUUGAAAGUAAUGAAGAUGCAGACAAUAUUGUUCAGAAUCUCAAUAAAACUAAAUAUUUUUCGCAGUUAACAGCUCUUUCGAUGAUGAAAGAAGAAAAAUAUAGUGAAGCUAUUUAUUUACUGGAAUGUGACUCCUCUAAUCAUCCAUUAAAUUUGUUUUAUUUGGGAAAGUGUUAUUGGUUUUUAGAGGAAUACGAACAAUGUUUAAUUAGCUUAUUAAAAUCUGCAAAGCUGAACACUGAACAUGCCGAUACAUUUUUGUACCUUGGACAUUUUUAUUAUAAAAUUAAACAAGAUUUGAGUAAAGCAAAGAAAUGCUACGAGAAAGCAUAUAGUAUAAGUGGCACAGAAGAAGACAUAGUUAGGAGCUUAAGCGAAAUUUAUUGCAAAUUAGGCCUUAAGGAUUUAGAUUAUGAGUUAUUGACGACAAAUCAAGAAUCAUGUGAAGCUUGGGUCAAUUUUAGGCUUGGACUUCAUUAUCUUAGUAAAAGGGAAUGGGAAAAUGCCAUCUUACAAUUUAGAAAUGUUAUAAAAAGUGAUAGAAAUCAUGUCAUUGCUUUUGAAUGUUUAGCCGAUGCAUAUUAUUCACGUGGUUCUUAUACAUCAGCAUUAAAAGCGUAUACUAAGGUAAUUUCAUUACAGCCAAGUCGUAGCAAUCACUGUUUGACUAGAAUGGGCUACAUUCAUUGCAUGUUAACGCAGUAUGAGGAAGCCAUUUCAACAUUUAAAAAAGUACUACAACUUGACAAAGAUUCUAUCCUAGCCCUAAAGGGUAUAGCCGAAACUUGGAUAAAAGUUGCUAAAAAGAGGGCCUCUAAUAAGUUAUUUGGAUCUGCAAGGGACUCUGCCCAAUUUGCAAUUGAUUAUAUUUCAAAUGCAUUGGCUCUUGGAAAGAGCUACACAUGUUUUUGGAACUUAAUGGCAAAUGCAUUAAUCUUAAUAACCACACUGCCUGAUCGUUAUUCUUAUGUCAACAUUACAAAUUCAAUGAAUGGAGAAAAAAAUAUUACUAGAAAAGAAAAAUUGGAUAUUUUUCCACAUACCCUUGCUUGCUAUUCAACAGUUGCUAAAAUGAAAACUCAGAUUUGUUCUUAUGAUUUAGCACUGACAUAUUUACUUUACUAUCAUGCAUCACAGUCAAAGACCCAUUUGCAAAUAUCUUUCAAAUUAGCUUUGGCAUGUAUUAACUCUAAACCUACUGCGUGGCGACCAUGGAAUUUAUUAGGAAAAAUAUGUAUUUUUAUGAAAAUGUAUGAUAAAGCUCAACAUUGCUUCAUUAAAGCCCUUCUAAUGACAAGAAAAUGGUCUGUUGCAAAGAUAUGGUGUAACUUAGGCACCCUUUAUGUCAAAAUAAAUUGUCAUAAGUUAGCAAAUUAUUGUUUUUGGCGCGGACAGUCAACUUUGCCUUCUUAUCCUCAAAGUUGGAUUGGCCAAGGAUUAAUUGCAGAAGUUAUACGGGAAGAGGAAGCAAUGGACCUAUAUAGGCACGCCUCUAGGCUAGGCUACCACCCCGAAAGUGCUCUUGGCUACGUGGACUGGGUUUGCAGAACUCUAAAAAACAACAACUACCACCCAGAUAGCAGAGAAUUGAAGUACGUUAUUGAUGGUUUAUAUGCUAUUACGUAUAGCAUUGAUCUUAUGGAAUGGUUUUUAAAUUAUGAGCCCCAUAAUGCUUGUGCAUUGAAUAUUAUUGGUAUAUUACAAGAAAGAAUAGGACUGCUACAAGUUGCAUAUAAGUCUUACAAAAAAGCAUAUGAAUUAUGUGAUGAAGAAAUGAAGAACAUAAUCAGACUUAAUAUUGCAAGAGUUUUAAAUAGGCUUGAAAAAUAUGACGAGGCAAUUGUUGCAUACCAAAGUGUAACUGAAGCCAGUUUAGACUCAAUGUGUGGAUUAGCUUUAGCAUUAUUUAAAAAAGGACAAUAUGAAGAAUCAUAUGCAGCCUAUGAUACUGCCCUACAUUGGCUAAGUAAUGAAGACAAAGAAAAAUCUGAAAUUUUGGUUGCUAUAGCAGGUAUUGUAUACAUGUUUAAAGGAAUAGAUGACUCUAAAACAAUUCUAUUCCACAGUAUACAAGUUUCUCAAAAUAAACCUAUUCCGUACAGUCUGUUUGCAAUUUGUUCAUUAGGAAUAUUGCACUCUGACCAGGGUUUAUCUAAACUGGCUCUCAGUGAAUUACAAAAAUAUGAAAAGGAAGAUAAAUUUGCAUAUGAUAUUGGCUUUCUUAAGUCUUACCUCAUAUUUAAUACUAAUGUAGACCUUGCCAUAAAAUCAAUAAGUGAUUCUUUACACAACCACCCUAGUAAUGGUAAACUAUGGUUUUGCAUGUCCCAGUACUGUUUGGAAGCAUCAAACAACAGGGGCAAAGUGGCCAGUUGCUGUGCUCAAAGGGCAAUGCAUUCUGUUCAUAAUAGCUGCACCCAAAAUGAAAUGGGAAAAAUGUUAUCUACUGCAAGUAUAGCUGAGAAUGUGAGUGGUAAUAAAACAAAAUCAUUCAGUUUAGCAAAGCAAGGUCUCCAUAUGUACCCAAAUCAAUCUGAAAUCUGGGCUGCUUUAAUAUUUUCAUUGUUGACUCAAAGUCAGACAUUUAAUCAAAAGGAUUGGACAUUAGCAUCAACUAAUUAUAUGCGAAAACAUUUUAAUUUAACGAGACCCAUGACUAGGUGGAUCAGUUUAUUAGAAAAAAAAUUGGAUCAAUAG